AGGGGAGCUGCACAGUCUGCUGCUGGUCAGUCAUCACAGACAGCAAGCUCUGAGUGUGCGGAGAUAUGGACCAUAAAGUGGACAUUGUUUCACGGCAGCAGUGGAGAGCAGCGGAUCCUAAAGAAAAGGAGACUUUAAAAAGUCCUGCCAGGAGAGUUGUUAUACACCACACCGCCGUGUCGAGCUGCACAGAUCUGAGAGAGUGUAAGCGCCAACUUGUCAGCAUUCAGAGAGUGCAUAUGAAAGACAGAGGCUUCGAUGACAUUGGAUAUAAUUUUCUUGUUGGAGGAGAAGGCACUGUGUUUGAAGGGCGUGGCUGGGGUGUAGUCGGGGCACAUGCCAAAGGCAACAACAGUGACUCCCUGGGAAUUGCCUUCAUGGGCAAUUUCAAUGAUGAAACUCCAAGCGAAAAAGCAAUACAAGCAGUCAAAAAGCUGCUGCAGGAUGGAGUUUCCCAGGCCUUCUUAGAACCAAAGUUUGACCUGGUUGGACACAAAGAUCUAGGAGAGACAGAAUGUCCAGGAGAUAAGCUUUACCCUGUAAUACAACAACUGAAGUAGACGUAAGGCUCACAGCAGAGGUUGUUUUAAAGGAAAACUCUAUCACUGCCUUCUACUGCACACAAAUCCUCACCAGCUCCUCCUUAAUCCCAGAUAUGAAAUAAACAGGGUGAUAGGAUGUACAGGCUUUACAGAUUAAACACUAACUGUCUGAUUUGUUUUUGUAUUUUUAGCAUGAAUUUCAUCUUAAUUAAAGGCGGUUUUACACCAUGAAGAGGCUUUACAGCCUGUCAGAGGUUUCUCUAGCAGCAGAGGGAGCCAUCAGACGGGAUGAGACCAAUAGAUUCAGCUGUGUACCAGUGCAAAAUGCCUAGUUUAUACACUGAGACCACCACACUACAUUAUGGUAUAAUUUAUAGGUUAAAGUGUCUGCUACUUAUUAUUUGAGAACAUUCCUUUAUUAUGUCAUCAUAAUUUUUAGAUGACUAAAUUUUAAAGUGCAAAAUUACGAUAUUACAGUGCAAUACAUUUUACUUAACUAAAGCUUAUGUGUGAUGUAAACCAACACUCCUAUGAAUUGAACCUGUUUUGUAUUAUAAGUGUUUUGGAAAUUAAAAAACACUUCAGCAAUA